AUGUCUCGAUUGAUGCAGUCUACUACCGGCCGGCGCUGGGCGUCGAUGCGCCUCCCUGCUCUGCGUAGGACCCUAGCGACUUCUCGGAUCUUUCUCUCUCAGGCUUUUCACUCACAACUCGAGGAUCCUGCUACCGCAGCUGUCUUCUCAGCCCUACAGACUUCCAAGGCUGUGCCCCAAACAUUGACAGAAAAGAUUGUCCAGCAAUACUCCGUUGGCCUCGCCAAGGACAAAUUCGUCAAGUCUGGCGACUAUGUCACAAUCUCUCCUCACCGAUGCAUGACUCACGACAACUCGUGGCCUGUAGCUCUCAAGUUCAUGUCCAUUGGCGCUUCCAAGCUCCACGACCCCAAGCAGAUUGUUAUGACCCUCGACCACGACGUGCAAAACAAAACAGAAAAGAACUUGCAGAAGUACCAGCAAAUUGAAAGCUUUGCCAAGCUUCAUGGCGUGGAGUUCUACCCGGCUGGUCGCGGCAUUGGACAUCAGAUUAUGGUCGAGGAAGGUUUCGCUUGGCCUGGAACUCUGGUAGUAGCAUCGGAUAGUCACAGUAACAUGUACGGUGGUGUCGGCUGUUUAGGAACUCCAAUCGUGCGUACCGAUGGUGCUAGUAUCUGGGCUACUGGAAAGACUUGGUGGCAGAUUCCCCCUGUGGCUAAGGUCACUUUGAAGGGUGUCUUGCCCGCCGGUGUUACUGGAAAGGACGUAAUUGUUGCCCUUUGUGGUCUGUUCGACAAGGACGACGUGCUCAACCAUGCUAUCGAGUUUACUGGUUCAGAGGAGACUAUGAAAAGUCUGCCAGUGGAUGACCGCCUAACAAUCGCUAACAUGACUACCGAAUGGGGUGCUCUGUCUGGUCUGUUCCCUAUUGAUAAUGUUCUGAAGGGCUGGCUCAAGGCUAAGGCUACCACUGCCGCUAUGGGUCUGGCUGACGGUCCUUUCAAGACUCUUGCUCCCCAAAAGUUCACCCACCCCAUCCUGGACGAGCUCUUUGCCAACCCACUCACAGCUGAUAAGGGUGCCAAGUACGCCAAGGAGCUCUUUUUGGAUCUUUCUUCUCUCUCCCCAUAUGUCUCGGGACCUAACUCGGUCAAGGUGGCGACUCCUCUGAGUGAGUUGGAAGCUGCUGACAUCAAGGUGAAUAAGGCGUACCUUGUUUCAUGCACUAACUCUCGUGCCUCGGAUAUUGCUGCCGCUGCCCGUGUAUUCAAGGAGGCCGCUGAGAAGAACGGAGGCCAUAUUCCUAAGAUUGCAGAUGGUGUUCAGUUCUACAUUGCCGCUGCUUCUAUUCCUGAGCAGAUUGCCGCAGAGGGUGCAGGUGACUGGCAGACUCUGCUCGAUGCUGGUGCUACUGCUCUUCCUGCAGGAUGUGGCCCUUGUAUUGGCCUCGGCACUGGCUUGCUCGAGCCUGGUGAGGUUGGCAUCAGUGCUUCCAAUCGUAACUUUAAGGGUCGUAUGGGUAGCACCGAUGCCAAGGCCUACCUUGGUAGCCCGGAGAUUGUGGCCGCCAGUGCGCUGAGUGGAAAGCUGUCUGGUCCCGGCUGGUACCAGACCCCCGAGGGCUACAAUGGUGUGGUUCGUGGUGAGGGUGACGGCAUCCAUGAAGAUGAACGUAUGCUCACUACCGAGGAGGCUCUGGAGAAGCUCCUUGGUCAGAUGGAAGAUCUUGUUGCCGUCGGUGAGAAGGAUUUUGCUGCUGAACCUACCGCUGAGGUCGAGGAGGCCUCAGAUGAUGCUCUAACAGAAGUCUACCCUGGUUUCCCUGAAAGCGUUUCAGGAGAAAUCGUGUUCUGCGACGGCGACAACAUCAACACCGACGGUAUCUACCCAGGAAAGUACACCUACCAGGAUAAUGUGCCCGUGGAGACCAUGGCCAAGGUCUGCAUGGAGAACUACGACACUUCUUUCUCGUCGAUUGCCAAGUCAGGUGAUAUCCUUGUGACUGGCUACAACUUUGGUUGUGGUAGCUCGCGUGAACAAGCCGCGACUGCCCUUCUGGCCAAAGAGAUUCCCCUAGUUGUUGCUGGUAGUUUCGGCAACAUCUUUUCCCGAAAUAGCAUCAACAAUGCGCUGAUGGGUCUGGAGGUUCCCCGCUUGAUCAGCCGUCUCCGUGAGACUUUUGGUGAUGACAAGGCUCUCACUCGUCGCACUGGCUGGACCUUGACAUGGGAUGUGCGCCGCAGCCGUAUUGAAGUACAGGAGGGAGAGAACGGUCCCAAGUGGACACACAAGGUUGGAGAGCUGCCUCCCAAUGUGCAGGAAAUCAUCGCUAAGGGAGGUUUGGAGAAGUGGGUUAAGAACGCUAUCGAGGUAUAA